AAUACAAACAUAAAAAAAAACCUCUCUUCUCCUUCUUAAGAUGAAGCCUCUUGGUUUCAUUUCGUCCCAUAAUCAUCCAAACUUCACCAAAAGAAAUUCUUAACAGAAAAAAAAAAAAAAAAACUUUUUUUCUUCAUAGUAUUACUUCUCAAGAUCUUAAAGAUUUGAUUAAUACGAAGAGAAAAUUCAAAUGGGUCUUGAUGAUUCAUGCAACACAGGCCUUGUUCUUGGUUUAGGCCUCUCACCAACGCCUAAUAAUUACAAUCAUGCCAUCAAGAAAUCUUCCGCCAUCGUAGACCACCGUCUCAUCAGGCUCGAUCCGUCGUUGACUCUAAGCCUCUCUGGUGAGAGUUACAAGACCAAGACUGCUGCCGGCGCCGGGGACCAAAUCUGCCGGCAGACUUCGUCUCACAGCGGCAUCUCAUCUUUCUCGAGCGGAAGGGUAAAGAGAGAAAGAGAAAUCUGCGGCGGCGACGGAGAAGAAGAGGCGGAGGAGACGACGGAGAGAGUGGUGUGUUCGAGAGUGAGUGAUGAUCACGACGAUGAAGAAGGUGUUAGUGCUCGUAAAAAGCUUAGACUCACUAAACAACAAUCUGCUGUUCUCGAAGAUAGCUUCAAACUUCAUAGCACCCUUAAUCCCAAGCAAAAACAAAAUCUUGCGAGACAGCUGAAUCUAAGGCCUAGACAAGUUGAAGUGUGGUUCCAAAACAGGAGAGCUAGGACAAAACUAAAGCAAACAGAAGUUGAUUGUGAGUUUUUGAAGAAAUGCUGUGAGACUUUAACGGAUGAGAAUAGAAGGCUUCAAAAAGAGCUUCAAGACCUUAAGGCUUUAAAAUUGUCUCAACCUUUUUACAUGCACAUGCCGGCGGCGACUUUGACUAUGUGCCCUUCUUGUGAGAGACUCGGCGGUGGUGGUGGAGGUGCCGGAGGAGUUGGCGGAGGUACGGCGGCGGUUGAUGGAGAAACGGCGAAAGGAGCUUUCUCCAUCGUCACAAAGCCUCGUUUCUAUAACCCCUUCACUAAUCCUUCUGCAGCAUGUUAGUUAUUAUUUUUUUGGGAUUUUUUUUUUGUUUCUUGAAUCAAAUUAGGAAUUAGUUAGAAGAUAAAUCCCAGGGAAAAAGUAUUACGUUCAAAUUGGGGGAAAAUGGGGUAUAGUCUUUAUAGAUAAGACUCUUCAACGAUUCCACUUUAUUUUUCGGUGGGAUUGUUGGUUGACGAAGCAAAAAAAUAGUUUGUAAUUACAGUUUUUAAUUUGUAGAGAAAAAAUGAAGAAGAUAAUAGUACUUACUAAUCCAUCUUCUUUUGUUUUUUUUCUUCAAAUAUGUAUUAUGGUGGUAUAAUUUUGCUUGUAAAAAACAUAAAUAUUUAUAUUUAAUAAAUUUUGUACAAGUUUGUAAUGA